AUGUCUGAACAGAUAGCUCAGCCUCAGGAUGCGCCCCCUCUGCCGCCUCCAAAAGGAACGUCUGAGAACCCGGCUCAGUCGCAGGAUAGCUCCGAAACAGCACAGAAGCCACGGCGCAUCCAGAGUGUCGAACGCUGGAUAGUUGGCGGCAUUAUUAUCACCUACGAGGAGGCCUUAGCCUGGGCCAACCGAUUGCGCGCCACACGAGGAGAACACUCGCUGGAGGCCACCCGAAGAGACUAUUACCAAGUGCUCGUCGAGGUCCAGGAGAGGGUGCUAGAACUCCACGGGCAUGGGGCGAUGUACUGGGCCGAGGACCCGCAAAAGUGCGCGCACAUGCUGAUCAUGACGAAGUAUGAACCAGCGCGGGUGCCGGUCGUCAAUGGAGUACCGACCCUCGCAUCGGAGCAGAGGCGGUCGGGUCCCGUUGAACGCAUGGCUGUGAAGACCUUGAAGGACCGGGAGCAGGUGGAGUACGUAGGGUACAAGGCUUUCCCUUCCGAAACGCCGCCCUACUGUUGA